UACCUCCUUUUCGACAGAGUUUCUUAUAAUACUUUCACUAUCAAACUAUCCUCGCAGUAAACGGCAACACGCAUAUGUGAACAUAUCGAUCCAGAUAAACAAUUUAGACAACUUCAUCCCGUAAUGAAAUACAUAAUCAUAGCCGCCUUGGUUAACAUAUGUUUGGCAGAUGUAUUACAUACUCUAUCAAAAUACCAGACAACGACACCAUUACCAAAGCCAUACAAAUUCCAAUAUGAAGCAGGACGAUACCCGGGACACAUUGAUCGCGUUCAUCAAGAAGUCAGAAAUGGAGAUGGAAUUAUUCACGGAAUAUAUUCAUAUGUCGAUCCAAAAUACAAAGUACGAACAGUCGAAUACAAGGCUGACGAAAACGGAUUUCAUCCGACUUUGAUCAACUUUGAUGACACUUUUGCUCAACCUGCCGAUUCGGAAGCUGUAAAAUUAGCCAAGGAGAAACAUAUGCGUCUUUACCAAAAGAUCGCGGAAGCAAACGCUCAUAAUGUUUCAAUAAAUUUGCCACGGGAUUCAGCCAGCGUGGCAAGAGCGAAGGACAAGCACAAUGAAUUAUAUCACAGGAUCGCGGAACAACACGCGGCAAUCGCCGCGCAAAGGGAAAUUGAACGAUUGGCUUACGAGGCAACUUCCGUUGCCAAUGACGUAGAUGAUCAUCGGACAUAUUAAAAGCGAGUUGUACACGUGUUGAUAUCAUGACUAACAUGCGUGGCGUACACUUUAAUAAGAAGAAAUGCAUGUAUCGCGCGUCAUUUCGGAAAUAUGUAUUAAUGCUCAUAAAUAUAUUCAUUAUUAGUUUUUUUAAGCUGAUUCAAACAAUGGAGAAGUGUUUUCGCUCGACUUAUGAAUAAAUAUUUUUAAUCUUUGCUAACUCGUAGCAAAAUAAUGUGUACUUGUUAUUGGUUUUAAGAUUCUACAUAUCACAAUCCUAAUGAAUUUGGAUGAUAAUACUUUAGAGGCAUAGAAAGAGAAACAAUAUGAAACAAAUAUACUAUCGUGAAAUGAUUUUCGUACUUAUAGACUAAAUUUAUAAAAGUAUAACAAAUAAUUAAUACAAAAGAAAUAAGGCUAUCAAAUUAAGUUAUUAAAAUUGCUAUUAGUUAAUAAAAUAAAAAUCUUGAUAAUAACUGUAGAAUAAAAAAGAGUUGAGAUUUUAUAUAAAUUCCUGUUUUUUAUUCUCUGAAACAGAAAUUUGCAGCAAAAGUAAAAAAAAAAAAAAAACAAAUAGAUAUAUUAUUUUCUUAUCAAUUAUUCUUUUAAGUUUCGUCUACUUUUAUAUAUGAUUUGAUAUUAUUACAUAAGUGUUUCUUCACAUAAAUUAAUACAUGAGUUAAUAAAUGGAAAUCAACAGUUAUUGACAUAAACCAUUUUUUAAUUAUAACAUAUUGCGUAUAUUAUUAUAACAUUAUAAUUAUUGCAUUAUUAUUGCAAUUAUUACAAGUAUUGCCUGUUGUCUCCUAAUUUCCAAUAAACAAAAAUAAAUAAUGCGCUACACGCACUAAUAAUUGUUACAUUUCUUGUAUUUUUUCUUUCGGCAUACAAUUUAUUCAUAUGUAGCAGUCUAUUUAUAUAAUUACGAGCGGGCAGUAAUGCGGACAAAGUGUUAAAACUCGUUGUUGUUAAGUGCCGGAAGUGCUAUCGCGCAAACAAAAAAUUUUCGAUGGAAGAUAUACAACACACACAAUCAUAUUGUAAUGAUAUAAAAAAGACUAUGCGACAUCGUGCGCGAUAUUAGUUCGAGCGAGUAUCCUGACGAAAGAUGAAGUGCUUGUUUAGUAAACUACUCUGCUUUUUUUUGCUGUGCAUCGUGGCGACGAUGUGCAUGAACGUCAGAACUUCUGCAAUUAUAGGAGAACAUGUAGCUUGUCGUGGAAGAGGUCGUUCAACGCCAACACCCUCUGAAUCUUCUACUGCAGCAGCAUAAACCUACAUAAAUGGAGGUAGACAAUAAUGAAGAAAGUUUAUGGCCAUGGAUUAAAAUACUUAGAAGAAAUCUAAAAUAAUUAUUUUACUUACUGUGAUUAUGUUAUUAUUAUCUCUAUUGCCCACACAAAAUACAUCAAAAAUUACAAAAAAUGUUAUAUAAUUUUAUAUACACGAGAUGAGUAAAAAAGUCGUUCUAUACACUUCUGAAUAUAUAAAUGUAUAAAAAUAGAUGUGAAAAAGCGCUUUAUCACAAUCGCAAGUUUCACAUUGCAAUUUAAACUACAAUUAUGCAAUAACAUAAAAAUUCGACAUGACAUGUGACUUGAAAAUUACAUUGGGCAAAAGAGAAAGAUGAAAGGAGCAAGCAUUCUUAAGUUUUAUUUUUAAUAUUAACAAGUAUUAAACAUUUUGACUUGAUAAAUAACAAAGAAAAACAAAAUUGUAUGGACUUUUAAUAAAUAAAUUUGGCAAUCACAUAA